AUGGUGAUAAGUGAUCCUAAAGUUCCCAGUGAAAGCAUACUGAUUUGUUCACAAAACAGUCUCCGACGAGGAGAAGACCUUUUUAUGUGUAUGGACAUACAACUGGUCGAAGCAUUAUGUGGUUUCCAAAAGCCAAUAUCCACUCUUGACAACCAAACCAUAGUCAUCACCUCUCAUCCAGGUCAGAUUGUCAAGCAUGCAGAUAUCAAGUGUGUGCUAAAUGAAGGCAUGCCAAUUUAUCAUAGACCUUAUGAAAAGGGUUGCGUAAUCAUUGAAUUUAAGGUAAACUUCCCUGAAAAUGGCUUUCUAUCUCCUGAUAAACUCUCUUUGCUGGAAAAACUUCUCCCUGAGAGGAAGGAAGUAGAAGAGACUGAUGAAAUGGAUCAGGUAGAACUCGUGGACUUUGAUCCAAAUCAGGAAAGACGGUGCCAUUAUAAUGGAGAAGCAUACAAGGAUGAUGAACAUCAUCCCAGAGGGGGUGUUCAGUGUCAGACCUUCUAAUGGGGCCAGUGAAGAAGGCACUGCUGGCAUUUUGUAUGCAGCAGUGGAAGGAUGAGUGAAGGACUACAACCGUAAUAUGCUCACUACUUGCUAUUGUUUUUGUUUUAAUAUUCAGCGAUAGUAGUGUUUUAAAAGUUAAA